AUGCGGUUUGUUUCGAUUAUAUUUUUAUCAGUACUACUCAGUUUGGGGAACUGUGCAAAAUACACGACAAAAUACGAUUCGAUCGAUUUGGAUUCCAUCAUCAAAAACGACAGAUUGAUGAAAAACUAUGUGGACUGUAUGAUGGAAAGGAAAAAGUGUAGUAGGGAUGCCGCAGAAUUGAAAAAACAUCUUCCGGAUGCCUUGCAGAACAACUGUGCCAGUUGUAGCGAAAUACAAAGGAUCGGUAGCAGAAAAGUCUUGACUCACAUAAUCCAAAACAAAAGGGACUGGUUCCUUGAGGUUGAAGCAAAGUACGAUCCCAACCACGUCUUCAGAAGACUUUACCAGGAAGAGUUGCAACGUAAAGGAGUUGCAUUUUAA